AUCUGAAGUCAACCAGCUUAGUCGGGAAAAAGAGUAUCUUCAUGGCAGAUUGGAGAAGAUGCAGAAACGGAAUGAUGAAUUGAACCAACAGUGUAUCCAGCAUGGGAGAAUGCAUGAGAGGAUGAAGUCAAGGUUACAGCAGCUUGACAAGCACUGCCAGGCCACUGCUCAGCAGUUAGUGGAGUUGCUCAGCAAACAGAACCAGCUCUUCAAAGAGAAGCAGCUGCUUACAGAAGAGGUGCAGUUUCUGCGAACACAGGAAAAAAAACGGGAUGCCGAUCUCAGGACACAGAUGGAACCAAGUAAAAACCUGGAUGGAUGAAAAGAAAUGAGCAGAA